CGGAGUAAUAGAACAAAUAGGAUAUAGGAAGUAAAGUGGUUACCGCUGAUGAAAAUAGUCCACGUGUGUGAUGCAUGAUAAAAUGAGCCGUAACUUGGUUCCAUUGUCUUUAACGGCAAUUGGGCUUCGACGGAGAACAUUCAAGGUGAAACGAGAUUAAGGGUUUCUCUUACCUUUACCGACUUAUACAAUGAAGGGGUAUAUUUUAGCGAUAGUGUUUUCGCUUUUGAUCAUAGCGGCUCUCGCUGGCCGUGGCAGAAAAUUCCGUGGCAGAAAAUCUCGCCCGAAAUUCCGAAAAGCGUGUAACCGAGCAAGCAAGGUUGACAAGGAGUAUAUCAUAAGAAUUGAUCCAUCAGCUACCAUGGAUGAAGUGAAGGAACAUUAUGAUGCAACACGUUCGCUCUUUAUGAGAGAUAAUGACAACAUGGUGGAACCCGAUUCUUUCACGGCGGCUGGUCGCGGUCGAUGUAGGAUUUCACGGAGGAGCAAAUUCAUUGAGAUAAACGAAUUCAAAGCUUAUACCAUAUCGUGUGCUUCACAAAGAACUGUAGAUGCAAUCAUGAAAUACUCAAUCGUCGAGGAAGUAGAAGAGAGUGUAACGGUUACUUUGGACUCUGAUGCUUUGAGUCCUAUCGGAGGCCGUGUGAAGAGACAAAGGAAUCGAGAACGUUGUCUUCGCCGACCGAAAUGUGCAUGCAGAAGGUAUAAUAUUGGUUGUCCAACCGAAGCGCCCACUACUACCACAACAACACAAGCACCUACCACAACAACACAAGGACCAACAACAACAACGCAAGCACCUCCUGCAACAACCUACACACCUGCAUGUGGUGCUGAUAUCAUCAGUUGUGUAACGAGAAAUGUAAAUAGUUGGGGACUUGACAGACUUGAUGAUAUCGAUGACAACCAACUACUAGCAGAGGGUACAGGAAAAGACGUAGAUGUCUACAUCGUUGACACUGGAGUUAGAUACACUCAUGAUGAAUUCUGUGGUCGUGUUGAGCCUGGAAUUAGCUUCAUAUCGGGUACUAGCUCUGCCGAUGAUGACAAUGGACACGGAACCCACGUUGCUGGUACUGUCGCAGGGAAGACCCUAGGGGUUGCCCAAGAUGCGACGAUUAUUCCUGUGAAAGUACUUGCUGCAUCAGGUUCUGGAUCCACAGCCGGAAUUGCAUCAGCACUGGGUUGGAUUAGGGAACAGUACAGUAGCAGGGGAAGAAAGACGGUGAUCAAUAUGUCUCUUGGGUGUACCUGCACCACGAAUAGCAUUGAUGAUGCUCUGGCAGCCGCGAUAAACGAUGGAAUCAUUGCUACAGUUUCUGCUGGGAACUCAAAUGCAGACGCUUGUGGACACACACCUGCUAGAACAUCUACAGCUUUAACAGUUGCUGCAUCCACCACAUCGGACAGAAGGGCGAGUUAUUCCAAUUAUGGACCCUGCGUUGACAUUUAUGCACCCGGCUCUGGUAUCUUAAGUGCAUGGUAUACCAGUGACAGCGCCACCGCCACUCUAAGCGGCACCUCAAUGGCCGCCCCACAUGUCGCUGGAGUUGCAGCAGCAUAUCUUGGCACAGUGACAAAUAACCCAACCCCUGCUGAAGUUAGGACCUGGCUUAUAAACAAUUCCCUCCAAAAUCAGAUCACCAACAAUCCCUCUGGACCUAACGAUCUCCUCCAAGCGGCCGGGUGUGGCAGAAAGUAGCCAUGGAGCAGCAACUAGAAUGUGUGACGCGAUGACAAAACCUACAAAACCUAAAAUCUAAACUCGAUUGCACUGUAUACUUGAUAUACUGAGAAUAAACAUCAUCUAGUUAUUAAAGUAGUUUUAAAUACAUGCAACGUUAAUUAUCGUGAUGAUAACGCAGUGUGUAUAAAACUACAUUAAAGCGCAGAUGUAUUUGCAUUAUAAACUAUUGUUUGGAGAGCUAUAUAUUGUGAUUUUAUUUAAUAUACAGGGUGGUCAAAAAAGUGAAC